AUGGGUAUCGGUCUUCAGAAGUUCAUUUUACUCCCAAGUGGCACACCGGUUUCAUCCAACAGUUCGCCGGAUUCACCCUACGAACAUUUCCUCGGUCAGGUCGUGGUGGAUCCCGGCGGCGAGUCCGACAAUGAGAGUGACGCCGAUUCGAUUCAACUCGACAGACUGGAGUGUGAUCCUGACGAAUUUAAGAUUGUCACCCCUCCGGCGGGUGAUGUGCCUCUCUGCGAAUUUUGCUCGAAAGAUCUAAUUAUCGACGACAGUCUUUUCGAAUGCGAAACGGUAGUGGAUAGCACUGGUGAGGAGAGGGCAGCCUUGGAUCUCUCUAGCUUCCGCCCGAAGCAGUGGCACGAUUCGCUUCGGGGUAGUUUAUAUGAGAAGGGACGUAAGGAGGGAGACGCAUCCGGGUGGAUACACUCGGGUUCCCAGGCCCACGAGAACAGCAUGGAAGGCCAUUAUCGUGAAUUUUGCGCUGGCGGCGAUAAUCCGAGAAUCGUGACGCCGCCUGCGUUACCUGAACUGUCCGGCCCUUCCGCCAAGGAAUGUCAAUUUUGCGCAAGGCUCGAGGAACUUUUCCGAAAAGAAUAUGGCGAACGUCCUUGGUGGAAUAGUCCCGAUUCGGUGAUCCGUUUCUACGUGCAGUAUGAAUGGGUCCAGCGACGUACCACUAUAUCGGAAAGGCGACCGGAAAACGAAGAGCCAUCGGAAAUAAGAAUAAGGGGGAAGCUUGACUGCAUGGUCGUUAUAGCGCAACCCCCAGACCUUGACCAGGAUCAUGCCAACGUCUUCAAGUUUGACGUCGAAGCCUGGCCAGGAACAUCUCGAGACUGGCUCCAUAUCCGAAAGAGUCCGUUAGAUCCUAGCGGUGCGGUUUCAGAUAUGAACAUUCACUUCAUCAAGCGCUGCAUUGAUAAGUGCGCCAAGGACCACAAAGGAUGCAGGGAUAAGCUAUCAGAUUCCCACUAUGUGCCGACACGAUUGUUAGACGUCGGAAGAAGCGACGGUAUGGCAAGAUUAGUAGAGAAGAGCCAAAUACCUCUGGAUGGAUCUCAACUCAAAUAUGCGACAUUAAGCUAUUGCUGGGGGUCUGGCCUUACGCUGAAAACCACCAAGGAAACCAAGGACGAGCACAGCAAGGUCGGCAUUGUCGUUCAUAGCAUGCCACAAACUUUCCAGGACGCUAUCGAGGUUGUUCGCAAGCUAGGCAUCCGUUACCUCUGGAUAGAUGCCCUCUGUAUUAUUCAGGAUAUACCAGAGGAUUGGGAGGCGGAGUCGGUUAAGAUGUGCGACAUAUUCGCCAACUCUUAUAUUACCGUCAGUGCGGCCAUAAGCACCUCGUCGUCUGAAAGCUUUCUUCAACGACCACAAAGGAAUCUGUUGAACCUGCCUUUCCGCUCGUCUCUUAUUCCUGACGUCUGCGGUAUAUACUCGAUCCAACUGGAUGGAAGAAACGGUUCCCCUAAAAAUAUUGACCUUAGCCACACGAUGUGGCAUAGCCGUGCUUGGGUUUGGCAAGAACAAAUCAUGUCCACGAGGCAGCUGAUCUUCGCCGAGAAAGGAUUCCAAUUCCGCUGCAACAACGGUAUCCGCCUGGAACGCGGCCCGACUACGAACGAUCCAGAAAUGUCAUUGAAUGGCGGUUCUAACAAUAUCAACUACUGGAAGGUUCUUCUGAAGGAAUUCACGAAUAGGAAUAUCUCGUUCCCCAAGGACAGACUAGCCGCGGUUUCAGGGGUAGCCAAAUAUAUUCAAAACUUCCAAGAAGAGGCAGGGAGCUCGAUGAAAUACCUAGGAGGGCUAUGGUUGGAUAGCGAAUUUGAGAAAUUCUGUGCUCAUCUACUCUGGGUAUGCGAGAAACCGGCGCCGUCGUACAAACAUAUGUCGGCCUGUUUGCUAAACGAAGAACAAUACUGCGCCCCAUCUUGGAGCUGGGCUUCCAGAGAUAAAGGCGUGGACUUCCGUUGGAAAUCCCGCCCGGCAUUUCAAGUCAUGCGGCACGACUUGCAACCGGCCUGCUCUGAUGCUAUGGUGAGAGUUAAAUACGGAUCGUCUAUCGUCCUGCGAGGGUUGGUGGGACAACCACCAGCUAUUCCGAACAGUGGCCGUUUCAACGAUACAGCAGGAAGAUGGUCCAGCAGAUGGGACGCGGUUACCCCUGAUGGUACCCUGUAUUUCUGGCUAGACUGGAUGCCGUCGAAGGAGGAUCCUCAAGAAAUAGACCGCCAGAGUAAUCUCGAGCUCUUUCUCACGUCGAUAGAACCAAACCUGGAUGCGGAUGGCAAACGAUCAGCCUAUGGUCUUCUACUCCUAAAGUUUGAAGACGGGCAUUAUCGCAGGGUUGGGAUGUUUCAGCAUCAUGGCGAUAUCGAGUGGUUUGAAUCCCUGCCGUAUUGCGACGUUAAAAUCCACUGA